AUGCCUCGAUCCGAGACCGACAACCCGUCCUUCGACGAAGACAACACUCCAAUUGCCGGUAGAGGAGACCCGAAUUGGAAAAAAACCUCACUCGAAGAUCCUCCUGACACGUCCGAAUCGCACCCGCCUGUUCAAUCUCCUAGUCCGCCCUCUACCCCCAACUUCAAGCAGCGUUACACACGCCCUCGCCCGAAUGCGGUCAAGUAUGCUCCCGUGAAGCAAAAGAAUCUCUUCGAUCAGUCCAAACCUCAGGCACAGCCGCCUUGGGAGAAGAAAAUGGCGAAGGUGCCUCCCAUGAAGGAAUGUUCUUGCCCGGAUCUUGACCCGAAAAGUCCUCAUAGGCUGCGCACUGUUCUCGAGCUUGUUCUUGUGAUCAUCCUGUCUGCACCGGACACAUACAAACCUGAUGUCUUGGGUGGUACUCGUAAACAGACACAACGGGACGCGGCAAUGUCGGCUGCCGAUGAACUCGACAACAUCGUGUAUGUUCCUCACAUGGUUGAACAGCUCUUCGGGCCAAUCUUGGAUAUCCUGAAGGAAAUAGUUCUCGAUUUUACUAAACCAGCACAUGUUGCCUUCGUUACUCGAGUGCAUCCUUACAUGACCCUCCACGACGCGCCCCAUGUCACAAAUUCCGAGCAUGACACACAGGACGCCGUCAACAGGCAACUCGUUCGAGCCGCUCUCGCUGUGUUCAACGUUGUGCGACGCUGGCUGCUAUCCAAUAAGCAAGGUGACCCUAUUCAGCUCGAACACGACGAUCCUUCGACUUUCGCGGCGUCUGGUGCUGGAUCGAAGGUGGACUCUGAAGGCGACUCUAGUUCUCGCAGGCCUAUUCCCGAUAUCUGCGUUAUUCACCUUGACGACACGUUCAUCACUGGAGAAGUGAAAACGAAGAAUGUCGUCGGCUUAGGCGAAAAAAAUCCAUUGGCGCCUGCUCAAAUGGUUCAUGACAGAACUGGAUCGGAACGCGGUAUGAAGUUCAUUCCACCUAGGUCUGUUAACGACACGACCGGGAAGAUGGCAAGGAUCCUUAUCCAACUGUGGGGGCAAAUGGUCGAUGGCGAGAACGACUUUGCCUUUCUCUCAUCCAUAGACAUGACAACCUUCGUCUGCCGACUAGAAGACACACUAUUUCUCUCACAUCCGUACACGGGAAAACAGCCGGUGCUCCUCGCUAUGGUUUCCUGGCUGAUGGUAGCCAUAGCCCCUGAGCUCGUGGGACCAAAGUUUGAACUUCAAGUCCCUGAUCCGGAGAGCACCAAAGAAUGGUGCAAAGACCGGAUUUACGGCCCUGAUCUCAAGGUUGGAAUCGCAACCAGUGAUCUACCGAACGAGAAUUCAGUUCCUCCUUCGGAAGAUACUCGAUACGUCGGGCAUCAGAUCUACAUGAAUCCUGCCCUUCACACUUCUGCUGCUGUCCUACUCGUUCUUUGA